GGAUCACACGGGCUGCCUCUCAGGUCGGAAACGCAAAAGAAGAAGAAGGAGAAGAAGAAGAAGAAGAAGAAGAAGAAGAAGGAGAAGAAGAAGAAGAGGGGGGAAAUCGGAGAAAAAAACCGACGUGCCAGUGAUUCAGUGAUUCAUCCGCAGUUUCCAGGCUGCGCGCAGGUGAAGGCGCAGAUGAGAGCAAACAGCCGCUCGGGACGGAUCGUCUGAAGCAGUCAGGGAUGUUCAAUAGGCGCAAGAUUUGAAACGACAUAUAAUUUUUAAAAUAUAUAUAUUUCUUAUUUAUAUAUUCCCAGCAUCUUUGUUGUGAAUUUCGGAGCUACAAUCGCUUUCCAGACAGGAAAUAAAAAAACGAGAAAAAAGUUUGACUUCUUUAAAGAAAAAAAACAAAAAAAAGAAAAGAUGCUGCUCAGCUCCGCUGCUGUUUUUUCACGCACUGCUGUGGAUUUCAGCGUCAGCGUAAGUGGCCAGUCAUCACUUGAGAAAUAGCUGCGAUUCUUUCGCUCUUUAAUUUCGGUGCCAAUUACAGCAGAAGGAGGGGAGCCCUGUUUUUUUAUUUUCAUUUUUAUUAUUCCUAUUAUUCUUUUUUUUUUUUUUUUUUAAUUACUAUUAUCCUCAUCGCGGCGCAACGCCUGUCUCCUUGGCCGGGAUUUGCAUCCAUCUGAAUCGCUCCGUUAUGGACUUCCUCGGACUGUACUUUCUUCAUCUGGCUCUCAUCGGAGUCCCACACGCGGUUCUCUCCGCAGGCGGGAGGGACUGCCUGCACGCCGGAGACACCUGCUCCAGCGAUGACACCUGCAGCCCACGACUGCGCACCCUCAGGCAGUGCGUGGCGGGAGACGGCAGCAUGAAGCUGGGGCCCGGGGCGCGGAGCCAGUGCGAGAACGCCAUGACGGCGCUGCUGUCCACUCCUCUGCACGGCUGCCAGUGCAAGCGAGGGAUGAAGAGAGAGAAGAACUGCCUGAGCAUUUACUGGAGCCUCCACCAGUCGGUGCUGCACGGACUGAGUCUGGUGGAGAGCUACCCCUAUGAGCCAGAGGAGAGGGGCUCCGACUACGUUCGUCUGGCUUCCAUCGCUGCAGAGUCUGAGGUAACGACAGUGAACCGCUGCCUGGAUGCCGCCAAGGCGUGCAACAUAGAUGAGACGUGUCAAAAGCUGCGCACCGAGUACGUCUCAGCCUGCAUCCAGCCGUCGGCCCGCUCGGGGCCAUGUAACCGACCAAAGUGCAACAAGGCGCUCAGGAAGUUCUUUGACCGCGUUCCCCCCGACUACACCCAUGAGUUGCUGUUCUGUCCCUGCACUGACACAGCCUGCGCCGAGCGCCGCAGGCAAACCAUCGUGCCGUCCUGCUCAUACGAAGAAAAGGACAAGCCCAACUGCCUGGCUCAGCUGCGAGACUGCAAACAAGACUACGUGUGCAGGUCCCGCUGGGCACAGUUCCAGUAUGACUGCGAAGCAUCCGAGCACAGCGCCAGUGGCUGCAAGAGAGAGAAUCAUGGAUCAUGUCUACUGGCGUACACCGGCUUGAUAGGAAGCACGAUAACUCCCAACUACCUUGACAACUCCACUUCCAACGUGGGACCCUGGUGCUCCUGUGCAGCAAGUGGCAACCACAGGGAGCAAUGCAAUGACUUCUUGGCCUUUUUCCAUGACAACAUUUGUCUGAGUAAGUAACAGGAAGUAGCUGUG